CUAGCCGCGUCAGAUUGGUUCGUCACAUUGUAUUAAGCCCAUCUAAUCAUCAAGGAUCAGAUCCGAUGGCGGAUAGUCUUUCGCAAAACCUUGCGCCGCUCACGCUUGACAACCCUCCUGCCUCUUCCAUGGUAGACUCCGUGGCCCCCAGCGCUGACACAAAUCAAUCGACAGCGAAGUCCGACGGUACUUCAGCCAACUCGAGCGGAGGACGCAGUUCGGCUUACGUGCACGACGGAGCAUCCACCGGCAUAGAAGAAAGCGAAGAGAGCGAAUUGAUCAGACUUGGAACACAGCGGCAUCAGUACGAUCUCAAAUUGAGGGGCAAGUUCGACGCACAAAUGGAACAGGCGGGAGGUGGCGACAUCCGAAAGCAGGUCCUGUCAUUCGACCGAGAGAGACCCAAGUUCAUGAAGCUCUUCAAAGAGUUUGAAUCGAACUUGAUCCGCAGGGUGAAGGGGGAUGUUUGGGACGACAACGAGAAAGCGAAGGAAAUCGAUGAAUUCGUGGAAUUUGUCGAGACCUCUGAAGAAGGAGACAUAGACGAAAUCUUCUGGUACGCCUUCAUGUAUCUCCAUCACGAUACGGUGGAGGGGUUUAAACAGUUCCAAAAGACUCUGGAGGAUUUCCCAGGAGGCUUGGAAAUCGCCCGCCGUAUUUCAAUUCGUUGGGCUCAUGGGAAUAAGGGAGACCGUUGGCUUUGGACGUUGAAGGAGUUUCACAUCAUGCUCGAUAGUACUCGGGAGGAUCUGUACGAGGCAUACUCAGCGUCCGAUGCAGAGCUCGAAAAAUUGUAA